GGUGUUUCCUAGGGGACUGAGGGAGGGCCGGGGCGGUACGAAGCGGGGGAGGGCCGUGCGCGUAAUGGCAGCGCCGUGGCCUCGCGUCCAUCUUUACCGUUUUCUCGGACCUGUCACAAAGGAGUCGCGCCGCCGCCCCCUCGCUCCGGUGGGCCCGGGAGCUAGAGAAAGUCAGUGCUGCAGCCCGACCGCGCUGCUCUGAGAAGCCCCUGGGCACGCGGAGCGGGAGGGAGUGUGAGGGUUGGAGGCGACUGUGAGGGAGGGAAACAGCCUCUCGAGCCUGGGGCGGGCGGACCGUACUGGAGCCGGGGCAGGCUCUGGGAAAGGGCCCGGGAGAGAGGUGGCGUUGCUCAGAAGCCGAGAAACAGGCGAGAGGUUUUCCACCGAGGCCCGCGCUUGAGGAAUCCGAAGAGGUUCCUAGAAGAGGGUGUUCCCUCUUUCGGGGGUCCUCACCAGAAGAGGUUCUUGGGGGUCGCCCUUCUGAGGAGGCUGAGGCUAACAGGGCCCAGGUGAGAGGCAGCUCUCUAUCUCCUGGGGUGGCUCCUGGUACUGAGGGGGUCCUAUCUACUCAGGGGUGCCCGGGAUAGAAAGGGUAGAUGAGGGGACGCUUUGGGAGGGUUCCUUUUGUGGAGUUUGCGGUCUAGGUGGCACGGGUGGGAGGCGGACCUCCCCUGGGAGAUUUAGAAACGCCUUGGGAUAGAAAGAAUGGGGCUGGGAGGUAGGAGCCAGAACUAGCGGAUUCUCGUACUACGGAGGCCGGAGCUGAAAAUUGGUGUAAUUCUGCAGUCCUAUUUUCAAAGAAAAGAAAGUGUUCUUUCUCACUGAUCUGUACUAUGGCUGAAUGCAAGCAAAUAUUUGAAGAGAUGAAUCAUUGAUUCCUGGACCAUUUGUCAGAGAGGGUUAGACCAGUUGGCCAGAUGUCUCCAUGAACUGCUAUUGGAUGACCAGAAUUCCCUGUAGUUGAUAAUGUUGGGAAUAAGCUCUGCAACUUUCUUUGGCCUUCAGUUGUUAAAAACAAAUAGGAUGCAAAUUCCUCAACUCCAGAUUAUGAAAACAGUACUUGGAAAACUGAAAACUACCUAAAUGAUCGUCUUUGGUUGGGCCGUGUUCUUAGCGAGCAGAAGCCUUGGCCAGGGUGUGCUGUUGACUCUCGAAGAGCACAUAGCCCACUUCCUAGGAACUAGAGGUUCCACUGCUACCAUGGGUAAUUCCUGUAUCUGCCGAGAUGACAGUGGAACAGAUGACAGUGUCGACACCCAGCAGCAACAGGCCGAGAACAGUGCAGUACCCACUGCUGACACAAGGAGCCAACCACGGGACCCUGUUCGGCCACCGAGGAGGGGCCGAGGACCACAUGAGCCAAGGAGAAAGAAACAAAAUGUGGAUGGGCUAGUGUUGGACACACUGGCGGUAAUACGGACUCUUGUAGAUAAUGAUCAGGAACCUCCCUAUUCAAUGAUAACAUUACAUGAAAUGGCAGAAACAGAUGAAGGAUGGUUGGAUGUUGUCCAGUCUUUAAUUAGAGUUAUUCCACUGGAAGAUCCACUGGGACCAGCUGUUAUAACAUUGUUAUUAGAUGAAUGUCCAUUGCCCACUAAAGAUGCACUCCAGAAAUUGACUGAAAUUCUCAAUUUAAAUGGAGAAGUAGCUUGCCAGGACUCAGGCCAUCCUGCCAAACACAGGAACACAUCUGCAGUCCUAGGCUGCUUGGCUGAGAAACUAGCAGGUCCUGCAAGUAUAGGUUUACUGAGCCCAGGAAUACUGGAAUAUUUGCUACAGUGUCUGAAGUUACAGUCCCACCCCACAGUCAUGCUUUUUGCACUUAUCGCACUGGAAAAGUUUGCACAGACAAGUGAAAAUAAAUUGACUAUUUCUGAAUCCAGUAUUAGUGACCGGCUUGUCACAUUGGAGUCCUGGGCUAAUGAUCCUGAUUAUCUGAAACGUCAAGUUGGUUUCUGUGCCCAGUGGAGCUUAGACAAUCUCUUUUUAAAAGAAGGUAGACAGCUGACCUAUGAGAAAGUGAACUUGAGUAGCAUUAGGGCCAUGCUGAAUAGCAAUGAUGUCAGCGAGUACCUGAAGAUCUCACCUCAUGGCUUAGAGGCUCGCUGUGAUGCCUCCUCUUUUGAAAGUGUGCGUUGCACCUUUUGUGUGGAUGCUGGGGUAUGGUACUAUGAAGUAACAGUGGUCACUUCUGGUGUCAUGCAAAUUGGCUGGGCCACUCGAGACAGCAAAUUCCUCAAUCAUGAAGGCUAUGGCAUUGGGGAUGAUGAAUACUCUUGUGCGUAUGAUGGCUGCCGGCAGCUGAUUUGGUACAAUGCCAGAAGUAAGCCUCACAUACACCCAUGCUGGAAAGAAGGAGAUACAGUAGGAUUUCUGUUAGACUUGAAUGAAAAGCAAAUGAUCUUCUUUUUAAAUGGCAACCAGCUGCCUCCUGAAAAGCAAGUCUUUUCAUCUACUGUAUCUGGAUUUUUUGCUGCAGCUAGUUUCAUGUCAUAUCAACAAUGUGAGUUCAAUUUUGGAGCAAAACCAUUCAAAUACCCACCAUCUAUGAAAUUUAGCACUUUUAAUGACUACGCCUUCCUAACAGCUGAAGAAAAAAUCAUUUUGCCAAGGCACAGACGUCUUGCUCUGUUGAAGCAAGUCAGUAUCCGAGAAAACUGCUGUUCCCUUUGUUGUGAUGAGGUAGCAGAUACACAAUUGAAGCCAUGUGGACACAGUGACCUGUGCAUGGAUUGUGCCUUGCAGCUGGAGACCUGCCCAUUGUGUCGUAAAGAAAUAGUAUCUAGAAUCAGACAGAUUUCUCAUAUUUCAUGACACAUGUGAAGAGGCAUCGUGGACUUUUUUCUACUCAAUUCCAGCCAAUGUUGAAAAGAAAAAGAAAAAAAACUCUCUAAUCAGUUGUACACAUACUGAAACUUAUAGCCAUGGCCAGAUUUUAUGCUAAAAAUGGUAGUUUGUCAAAGACAAAAUUCUCUUAGAAUCUAAUCCAACUUGCCAGCCCUGAAAAAAUCCCUUUAAGGCCACGGAAAGCUGAAUGCUAGCAGCCAGGCCUGUGGUACUUCCAUGAAAAACUAUAGGAGACAAUGCCCUCCCAAGUACUGAAAUCACACUGGAAUCCUCCAUGUUGGGUUCAUUUGAUUGUUUAACACAGGACGUGUUGUGUCAUUCUGAAGUUUUUAUUUGGGGCAGAAGUCUUUAUGGAGAUGUAAAUGACAGCAUUUCUGGGUUAUGCAUAACUUCUCACUGGUUGGAGAGACACCGGUGUGUUAAGCAUGGAUAUUGCAUUGCAAGACUUGAAUCUAUAAACAUUAGAAUCACACAGUCAGUACUACAAGCAAAACAGAGAACCUGAAAGAAGGUGCACAGACUGUAAGAAAAAACCCAAGUUUGUGAUAUUUCAGUGAUUCCAAAGAACAUUCUAGGUUUUUUGUUGUUUUUUUGUUUUUUGGGUUUUUUUUUUUACUGCAGAAAAUCGGUGGUAUUUUCAUAUUCAUAGUGUUCCUAUCCAAUUUCAGUACCCACAUUUUAUGAGGAAAAAAUGUUUUACCAAUGCAGGAGGAAUUCUUAAAUUAGCUGUAAUGUUAGGUUGGAGAAAAUUUGGUAUUUAGGGUAUUUUUAAGGUACCAUCAAAUCAGAUUUCUUUUUGUUAAAAAAAUUUUUUUAAUCAGUAUUGUUUUUACAAGUAAUAUACUUUGAAACUCUUGAACUAAUAGUCUCACAAACUCUAGAGGACAGUCUGAGAACACGUAUUUCUAUUGUUCUAAAUAAAUACAUGUUUUCGAAUAGUAAGUUCAAUCAUGAAUUAUUGACUAUGUCUUCUCAAAAGUGUUAAUCCCUCUCAGGGUCUCUGGUGAAGACCUUCAAGAGUUUGGUUUUUUCUCCCAGGAAAUUGGAAGGUAGAAUUGUAAAUUCAUAGAACUUCUUUUAUAAUGGUGUACCUCUGCAGCUGCCUUUCAAUUUAUGCCAAGUCCUUACAGAGUUUAUACUUGAAUAGUAAAUAUGUCUUCUGAGUUUUACAGUGUCUUAAACUCAAUGCACAUUUUUUUUUCUUCUUUUUCCACCCCUUCUUGUUUAUAGUUCAUUAUACCUGUCCUAUUACAGAGCUGAUUUCCUUCCUGGCUGUACAUGUUGGGGUGCUGGAUUUUUUCCCAUGUCUUUAGUCUUCCAUAAAUCCAAACAAAUAUAUAUAUAUAUAUAUAUAUAUAUAAAAAUAUAUGUAGAUACAUGUUCUCUUCUUUAGCUUGUGGUGAAUACAGUAAUUUGCAUUGAAGAAUAAAACAUCUGUUGCCUUUUUUGACUAAGA